AUGGCGAGUCAUGAGAGAGUUCACGUACCAGGACGCAAAGAAAAUGACGAGACCAGCUCCAUGCCGUGGUACAAGCAACCGCUACCCUUGACUACGCAGGUGAUGCGCUUUGCGCUUUUAUUGCCAUUCACGGCGUUGUUCCUCGGCGUGGCCAUAGUAAUCACAAACGGGCGUAUGCCGGAUCCCAAGAGUAUGCCGCCGCUGCCCGAUCUCCUCCUGGAGUGGAUUCCGAAGGUGGGGUUUGUUGAGAUUGGCACUGACAUUAUCAUCAUGUUGCUGAACGCAACGAUGGUGGUGGUGGGAUUCAAGGUGUACUUGUUGGAGCGGCACGAGCAGGGUAUGCCGAACUUGACCUUCUUGGAGCGCAUCCCGAGGAUCGGCACGUCCGUAAAUCGUGUCGUCUUUGGCAUCCUCGACUCGGGCCGGCGCCCCUACCCCCUGAAAAGGGUCCAUCAGAUUAUGGUAGUCCGCUUCCUUACGUCCUACAGCGUGGUGGUGCUGUUCCGCGCUCUUGUAAUUGUGGCGACGUCAUACCCGGCGACCGACAACCACUGUCAACAUCCGCAGGCAAUCAAGGACCCCGUGGUUAACGUCAUCCUCACCCUUGUGACACUGGGUAGUGGUGCGAUUCACUGCGGCGAUCUGAUGUUCAGUGGCCACACGAUGAUCCUCUGUCUCGCCUUCAUGCUAAUCUGGGACUACAGCCCCUUUCUGUACCCAUGGGCGAUGCGGGUGUGGGCAUCCGUGCUUCUGCCGGCAAGCUUCUACUGCAUCCUCGCCUCUCGUUCACACUACACGGAUGACAUCCUAGUGGCGAUGUACGUGAUGAUCGCAACGUACAAGCUAAUCAGCCAUGCCGAGACUGGUGCGCCGUGGCAGUUGCAGCUGCUGAUCCGCUGGCUGCCGUGGCCAGGCACGAACACGACCGAGGGGAGGUGGCCGACAGAUGAGGUUGUGGUUGUUGUUCACAUGCCAGCACAAGACGAGUCAGCUGCAUCGUCACCUAUGCCAGAAUAUGAAGGCGUGACCAAGACCACAGUGCCCGUACAAAGUGCGACGGCCAGAUCCAGUGGUAGAGAUACACACUUGUUGCGGAUGAAGGAUUCGUCAGAGAGCAACGGUCUGCACCCUGAUGUGUGUGAGACAUUGCAACAUUGA